AUGAGGAGAGCCCUUGAUUCUCCAGAGCAGUCUUCAUUCAUGGUCCUGAGCAGAGGCCAUGGGAUGGGGCUCUGGGGAGUGACUCAUGACACCUCCCUAGGAUGUGGGAAACACGCCAAAUCUAAACACAUCAGGACACCUCUCCGUCAUCUUGGACUGUCCAUCUUCAGUGAUUCCUUCCUGCACCGCCAUCUUUCCAGAAAUAAAGCCCCACCCCACGUGAUGGAGUUAUCAGGGCCUUUAGCAGCCAAACCCUCUGCCCCCGUGGUAUCGGGCCCGGCAGCGAGGGCCACGCCUGAGCACACAGUGAGUUUCACCUGCGAGUCCCACGGCUUCUCUUCCAGAGACAUCACCCUGAAAUGGUUCAAAAAUGGGAACGAGAUCUCAGACUUCCAGACCAACGUGGACCCAGCAGGAGAGAGUGUGUCCUACAGCAUCCACAGCACAGCCAGGGUGGUGCUGACCCAUGGAGAUGUUCACUCUCAAGUCAUCUGCGAGGUGGCCCACGUCACCUUGCAGGGGGACCCUCUUCCUGGGACUGCCAACUUGUCUGAGGCCAUCCGAGUUUCACCCACCUUGGAGGUUACUCAACAGCCCAUGAGGGCAGAGAACCAGGCAAACGUCAUCUGCCAGGUGAGGAAGUUCUACCCCCAGAGACUACAGCUGACCCGGUUGGAGAAUGGAAAUGUGUCCUGGACAGAAACAGCUUUGACCCUCACAGAAAACAAGGUCACUGUGAACAAGGAUGGUACCUACAACUGGAUGAGCUGGCUCCUGGUGAACACCUGUCCCCACAGGGACGAUGUGGUGCUCACCUGUCAGGUGGAGCAUGAUGGGCAGCAAGCGGUCAGCAAAAGCUAUGCCCUGGAGAUCUCAGCGCACCAGAAGGAGCAGCGAUCAGAUAUCACCCAUGGCCUAGCACUGGCUCCUACUGCUCCACUUCUCGUAGCUCUCCUCCUGGGCCCCAAGGUACUACUGGUGGUUGGUGUCUCUGCUGUCUACAUCUGCUGGAAACAGAACGCCUGA